ACCCCUCAACUUCAAAGAGUCACAAAUCACCCUUAAUCAAAAAGGGUGCAGAAAUUUUUUUUGGGCCCUCCCCGCCAUGAGCUCCUACGUAGCCAAUUCAUUCUAUAAGCAGAGCCCCAAUAUCCCUGCCUAUAACAUGCAAACUUGUGGGAACUAUGGAUCGGCCUCAGAGGUGCAGGCAUCCAGGUACUGCUACGGCGGAUUGGACUUAAGCAUCACUUUCCCACCGCCUGCGCCUUCCAACUCUCUCCACGGGGUAGACAUGGCUGCCAACCCCCGGGCUCACCCCGACCGCCCCGCCUGCAGCGCCGCGGCCGCUCCGGGACACGCUCUGGGCAGAGAUGAAGCGGCUCCUCUGAACCCCGGGAUGUACAGUCAGAAGGCGGCUCGCCCAGCGCUGGAGGAGCGAGCUAAGAGCAGUGGGGAGAUCAAAGAGGAGCAGGCGCAGACAGGGCAGCCCGCCGGACUGAGCCAGCCACCGGCCCCGCCACAGAUUUACCCGUGGAUGACCAAACUGCACAUGAGCCACGAGACGGACGGCAAGCGGUCCCGAACCAGUUACACGCGCUACCAGACUCUGGAACUGGAAAAAGAAUUCCACUUUAACCGAUACCUCACUCGCCGCAGGCGCAUAGAGAUCGCCAACAACUUGUGUCUCAACGAGAGACAGAUCAAGAUCUGGUUCCAGAACCGCAGGAUGAAGUGGAAGAAAGAUUCCAAAAUGAAAAGCAAAGAGGCUCUUUAGAGGCAGCGCGGAGGCCCGCAGAGAGCACCCCAGCCCGCUCGGGUCCUGCGCCUUUCCUUUUCGGUUUUCCUCUCUGUAUAUCUUGGGGCACGGGCGGGGCCGGAGCACAGGCUCCCAGGCCGCACAGACAAAAGCGCUUUCCCUUGACAUUCCGCAUCCCCUCGACCCCAGGUCCCCAGAGGGCUGCCCGCGCUGCCCGGACGCCCCUCAGUUCUGCUCAGCACCCAAGUCCCAGGGCAAGCUCCGCAGGGGUUCCCCAGAGGGCUGUGGCCUACGGGCUGGUGCUGAACGAACCUGGCCUGGGCCGCCUCUCAGGCUCCCGGCCCCAGUGUGGUCGCGGGAAUUAAGGUGGGCCCUGCGGGUGCCGCAGACCCGGUGCCCCGACACUUCGGCCUCGCCCUCUCCUUUGUUCCCCGGCUUAGGCUGGCCAGGCAGCUGCGGGCUGGCGAGAGAGUGGUUGUGCCUGGUGGAGUCCCGCGGCAGACUUGGGGUGCUUCGUUGUAGCGACUAAACUCUAUGUUCAUUUUUUGAUGAUUUGCAUAUAAAAGGGGGGAUGACUGAACCGCGGCCUAGGGCCCCCUCGGUUGCCCUAGCUUUCCAACCUUCUCCCUCCACCCCAAAGCCUGGGAACCUCUCCAGCCUGCACCCUCUGCAUGCCCACUCAGGCCCCCAGCCUCAGAACACUAACUAGCUCAACUAUUGAGCUCAACUAUCCCAACGGAGGUCCCCUGCCACUGGACCCCAGCAAAUGGUCCUAGAGGUUUCUGGCUGCCCACUAGUCCCUGCCAUGACUUUCUGUGCCCUCCUGCCCCAUCGCUGUUAUCCAACUAUUUAUUGACUCCAGGGCUUUCCUGAAACUAUAUUUUGUCAUAUCAAAUAAAGACAGAGAACAGGACUA